UCUCGGGAUCCUUUGCUUACUUCUAAUGAUGGCAAUCGCAGUGUGGCUGACAUACAUUUUUCAGUAUAGUGAAAAAAAUCAUAAUCUGCAGAAAACACUAAACGACCUCACUCAACAGUAUCACACCCUGCAACGGAGCAACUCCUUAAUGAAAGAAAUGCUGAGAAAUAAGUCUAGAGAGCUUGAUGACCUCAAACGACAGAAGGAACUUGACUCCUCCAGCAGAGAACAGAACAGAUUCUGUGGGGAAACUAAGGUUUUAGAUUUCAUACAGUUCCCAGGCAAAUAUGUUAAAGGUCAAUUUUUCUGCUGUGGCAUAAAAUGUUAUUUCAUCAUGGCAAAUAAACACUGGAGUGGAUGUAAACAGACCUGCCAGGACUGCAACUUCUCCCUUUUGAAGAUAGAUGAUGAUGAUGAACUGAAGUUCCUUCAGGUCAAAAUUAUUCCAAAUAGUUACUGGAUUGGAUUAUUGUAUAAUGCAAGAAAAAACAAAUGGCAAUGGAUUGACGAUGACCCAACUAGCCUGUGA